AUGUCUUCGACGCUUGUUGGUCGCUCUGGCCGAGAGUAUAUACAGGGCAAGACACUCAAACAACAUCCGAAACGACCAGACCUCAACGUCUACCUCGCACGCUCUGAGAAUCAAGAUUUUGUCCUAAAGCGCGUAUCUGACUCUAUGUUUGAACAGUCUCUGGAACUUAAACUUGAGUUUCCAGGGGCACACCAUCUUCGAAUGCAUGUUGAUGAUAAUGUGACCGAACGAGUUCUUGUCUAUAAAUACUUGAAUGAUGACUUACUUUCGUUGGUGAAACAUAAUCCAAGCAUGUCACUCCAGGCGAGAAAAUGGAUAUUGCAGGAGCUUGGGAAAUCUCUAGAAGAGCUUCAUGCGAAGAACUGGAUACACAUAGAUGUGAAGCCCGACAAUGUUAUGGUUGAUUAUAAUUGGGAUAAAGAUGGCCAACUUAGACCAGAAAGAGUCAUGCUCAGCGACUUUGAUUGCUCCUUGAAGCUAAAAGACAAAAAACUUCUGCGACUACCCAAGGGGAUAAAAUUAGGAAAUACUAUGUGGCGGAGUCCAGAAGCGCAGACGGGACAGGGUAUCGGUAAAGCAUCCGACGUGUUUUCCUACGGACUCGUAUGUCUCUUCGCAACAACUAGUGUUGAAACACUGCACCCCGACUUUGAACAGUUGAGGAGAGAUGGUAUUGAGCCGGAGCUUGAGGUUAUGGGCCGAUUGAUAUCAUACUUCGGACCAGUACCUGCAGAGCUGGUGGCACAUAUCCAAGAUGAUGACUGGGGUAAGGUCAUGAUGGUUAUAUCGGAUUCAACAAUGGAUGGAGGCCCUGUUGGGCCAGGACGCUUUACAGGGUGGAAGGAGAAAUACUACCCUAAUCUUGACUCCGAGGCGAAGCGCAUGCUACUCAGAAUUUUCAACCUUGACCCUGCUAAGCGGCCAACUAUAGAAGAGAUACUGGAGGAUCCCUGGUGGAAUACAUGA